AUGCUUUGCGCAAUCUCCGGCGAGGCACCGCAGCAGCCAGUGGCUUCGCGCAAGUCUGGCAAUGUCUUCGAGCGUCGUUUGAUAGAGACUUACAUCUCUGAGCACGGCUCCGACCCUGUCAAUGGCGAGGAACUUUCUGUCGACGACCUGAUCGAUCUCAAGCAAUCGCGUACCGUUAAGCCCCGGCCACCACAGCUCACCUCGAUUCCGGCACUACUUUCGACCUUCCAGAACGAGUGGGACGCUUUGGUAUUGGAGACAUAUCAGCUGAAAAAGCAGCUGGGCGAGACACGGCAGGAGCUGAGCAACGCGCUGUACUACAACGAUUCGGCGCAGAGAGUCAUCGCACGUUUGCAGCAGGAGAGAGAUGAGGCUCGCGAUGCUCUGUCGAGAGUGUCGGUUACAGGAGGAGCGAAUGGUGUGAACGGCACAAAUGGCGAUGCCAUGCAGAUUGAUGGAGCUCCGCUUUCAGAUGAGGUUGUCGCCAGAAUCACAGAAACACAAGAGCGCCUGUCCAGCACCCGGAGGAAGCGACCUGUGCCUACGGAGUGGGCUACUGCGGAUGAGAUCCAGACCUACGAUGUCAAGGGCUCGAUUGACACACAAUUCACUGGCGCCAAGUUCCUUGCGGCAGACCACACCGGGGACUUCUUCUUGUGCGGUGACUCUGACGGUGCCAUGGCCAUCUACGAUCUACAGGCUGGUGCCUUCACCACGAGGAGCAACCUUGGCGCUGGUGCGAUCCUAGGUGGUGGAUGGUGCAAUGACAAGCCUGCUGUGGCUACAUCAAGCGGCGUGGUGGCAAUAGCAGAGGAGGGUGCUGUGAAGGCGAAGUUCCAUCAACAUGCGGGUGCUGCAACAGCUGUUGCUGGUCAUCCAAGCGGCGAGAUUCUGGUCUCUGUGGGCGUUGACAAGAGCUAUGUCCUGUACGACAUACACGCAUCCAAGGUGGCCACUCAGGUCUAUGGCGACGUUGAACUUUCUGCUGUCGCCUUCCACCCCGACGGACACCUUCUCGCAGUUGGUGGCGCGGACGGGAGUGUCAGACUGUACGACGUCAAGGCUGGACAGCACGCACACACAUUCCCAGCACCAUCAGCUGCAAGCCCAGUUGUGGCUAUCACUUUCUCCGAAAACGGAACCUGGUUGGCAUCGGCGAACGAGGGUCAAACCGCGGUAACUGUGUGGGAUCUUCGCAAGCUCAAUGCUCUGAAGACACUCGACAUUGGUACUGUAGUGACCGGCAUCUCGUGGGACUACACCGGCCAAUUCCUGGCGGCUAGCGGAGCAGGUGCAGUGGUGGUCAGCCAGUACUCGAAGAGCUCGAAGUCCUGGUCUGAGCCUCUUCGCAAGGCUCUCAACGCAACAGACGUGAAGUGGGGAUCGAAGGCCAAGAGCCUGGUGGCUCUGACUGCAAAGAAGCGUCUUGCAAGGUGUGAAGGAAAACCAAUCGGUUCAUCAGCGCCUCCAACACACACACCCUCCGAAACCUCGCGCUUCUCGACCUCGACCACGACUACACAACACACAGCACCGCACUGUGACUUGCGAACCUCAAACUUGUGCAGCCAUCGCCCGACUUCACCUAAAGCAAUGGAUCUGGCGACAGGUGCGAGCAGUUCUGGUGCUUUCCCGCUCAUAAGACGCACUUCCACGAAGAGGAGCUUCGGUACAAUGGCAGACGACAGCCGCGAAAGCUCGCCUGAUUCACUAUUCAUCCCGCAGAACGAUCACUACACGAAUGAACACACCGCACAACGUGCUCGUACACGUGGUGCACUUGCUCUUCCACCACAUAUCGCAACCCGACCAUUCCGCUUCCCUGGCGACGGACUCGACUACAGACGACCGAUCAUGUCGAACGGUGAAGGUGCAGCAGGUGGAGCAGCGAGUCAUGGUCACGAGGUAAUUGAUCUUACGGAUGAUGGUCAGGGUGAUGCUGCAGCCGAGCCUGCGCAGCAGACAGCAAUGGCGAGCUCUUCACGUGCGCAAAGGCCUCCCAGAUUCGGCAGGAACAUAAUAGACAUCGAGAGUGAAGAGGAGGAAGAGCAUCGCAGUGAGGCAUUACAUGAGCAAGCCCCCGCCAUGACCGGCUUCAUACCUCCUCGAGACCAACGUAACCCUUACGCUCACCAUCCACGAUUCUCACAACUACGACGACCCUCUAGACAAACCACAAGCAACUCUGCCAAUACGGCCGACCUCGAAUUCCUCUCAGAGCGCCCUCGCUCACGACCGCAGACUGCUAGCCGGUCACAGACGCCGGCAGUACCAGCACCAAGAAGUCUCACUCCAUACCCAACAGGCGUGGGCGAGCCGAUCGACCUUACUGGGGAAGAUGACGAGGUGGUCCACCUCAACACUGUGCCACGGCCCGCUGAUAACCUCGUAAGACCAGGCACGACUGCUGGCAGUGGUACUAGGAGCUUCUUCGGUGGCGUGGCCGGCAUAAUCAAUAACAUGAGUGCGGGCAACAGACUGGGAGAGCGUAUACGGGGAUACUUUGGUGAUUUCGACAUGGCAGAACAGCAGGAGAUACUCGAUCGGGCAUUGGAACGCCGGCAGCAGAUACCGCCGCCGCGUAGAGGUACGGUUUCUGCUCAAGGCGGUCGGGUCGGUAACAUGCCUGGAAUGCACAUCGCCUUCGACUACGAACCCGUAGCCUUCGAUCUGGGCAUCGUCGGAGGCAAUAGACCGCCCACACCUCCGUACGAAGCCCCUCCACCUGCAGCAGCCGGAUUCACACGCAGCCCUGGAGAGGACGAGGUGGUGGUGUGUCCGAACUGUGGAGACGAGCUCGCGAUGGGAGACGGCGAUGAGAAGCAACAGGUUCACGUUAUCAAGAAGUGCGGCCACGUAUAUUGCGGCGAUUGUGCUCGGAACCGCACGAAGAGCGCUCGAAGCAAGAAGGGGAAGGGCAAAGCACCAGCUCAUGGACCUCAAACCUUCAAGCACUGCGUCGUGAGCGGAUGUAAGGAGUCUGCUACUGGCAAGGCGAUGAUUCAACCUGCGCGGACAGAGCCACGCACUAAAAGCUCGCCCUCUGGCCCGAAGACUCUCUACCUCAUCCUCUACAAUGCCAUCUCCGCCCUGCUAUGGUCUGUCGUGCUUGGACGCGUCCUCCUGAUCGCACCGCUCCAUGGCUACCGAAACGUGUUUGUUGGAGUUGGGGAAUUUACAAAGUGGACACAGACGCUGGCCACGUUGGAGAUUGUGCACUCGCUCUUAGGCAUCGUCCGCGCACCACUCCUCACCACUCUCAUGCAAGUCGCAUCCCGCCUUCUCCUCGUCUGGGGCAUCGUUCACAACUUCCCGAACACUACCGCCCGCAGCUCGCCAGCUUAUUCGACCAUGUUGAUCGCGUGGAGUGUCACGGAGGUUAUAAGGUACAGCUACUUUGCUGUGAACCUGGCGUAUGGACGCGUGCCGAAGUGGAUGACCUGGCUGAGGUAUAAUACGUUCUUCGUGCUGUACCCUUUGGGAAUCAGUAGUGAGUGUUGGUUGGUCUGGAGGGCGAUUGAGCCGGCGAAGACGUGGAAUGCGGCGUUGGAGUGGGUGUUGAGGUUGGUGUUGUUUGUUUAUGUGCCGGGAUCGUAUGUUCUGUUCACGCAUAUGAUGGCACAGAGGAAGAAGGUCAUGCGGAGCUUGAGGGAGAAGAAGGCGGAGUAA